UAACUGUAAACUUAUUAUUCGAGUAAAAAAUGAUAAACAGAUAGCGCUACAUUACUAAUUUUUAUAUCACAAAAUAAUAUACUUCAAGGAUGACCGGUUGAACGUUGAAUGUAGAUCAAUGAAAAACCGGGUUAGAAAUUCAUCACAAAUAAAUUGUAUAACAAUUCAAAGUUCAAGGAUCAAAUUGUGUUUAAGUUAACAUAUUUAUAAAAAAACUACGUUUUAAACAUACUAGUUCAAUAACCGUUAUGAUUAUUUGGAUUAAGUCCAUUUUAAUAUGAAAAAGAUGCAAAUAACUUAAUAUUUUUGGAAGAAAUAAAAUAAAAUAAUCAAUUAAUAAUUGUAUUCUAUAUAUUAUCAGUACUUUAAUAUAAUUUAUUUAGUUACUUUUAUGCGAGAGCCUCCAUAUCAUCAUGUACGAUCAUUUAUAUCUUAAAACGGAUCAUCUAAAAGGUUUUGAUAAUUAUAAAUAUAAUGCAAUUGAUACCAAUCCAUUGGGGGUGUAUGUUAUGCAUCCAUUUUGGAAUUUUACUAUUAAAUUUAUUCCUAGAUGGAUUGCACCCAACUUAUUAACAUUUGUUGGUUUUCUCUUCACAGUGGCAGCCUCUUUAUUGCUUAGUUAUUAUGAUUAUGGGUUCUACGCUUCAGGAAAGUUAUACAAAGGUAGCUCUAUACCAAAUUGGGUAUUUGGAGUUGUAUCAUUAUUUUUAUUCAUAUCUUAUUCUCUUGAUGGUUUAGAUGGUAAGCAAGCCAGGCGCACUGGUACUAGUGGUCCUUUAGGAGAAUUGUUUGAUCAUGGACUAGAUUCAUGGACAACAGUUUUUAUACCAACAGCUCUGUAUUCAAUUUUUGGACGCAACGAUCCAACUACUAUUGAACCAAUUAGAAUGUAUUAUAUAUGUCUUAUGGUAUUCAUCAACUUUUAUUUAGCACACUGGGAAAAGUACAAUACAGGAGUGUUGUAUUUACCUUGGAGCUAUGACUGUUCAAUGGUUGGUUUAGUAUUAUUUUUUGCUCUCACUGCAAUUGUUGGGCCAGAGAGAUGGAAAAUGACUGUGAUAAAACAAUAUUCUUUUGGUCAAAUUACUGAAAUUUUAUUUUAUAUUACGACAUUCAUAAGCAAUGUACCAGUUUCUAUUUAUAAUAUCUAUGUUUGUUAUAGAGAUAAAACAGGCAAAAAUCUUAGUUUGUAUGAAGGCAGUCGACCUUUAAUACCUUUAACUGUAUUUGUAUCGCUUUGUUUAAUUUGGAUAAAGUACUCAUCUACAAAUAUUCUAGAAAGAGAUCCUCGUAUGUUCUUCAUGAUGAGUGGAGCUGUGUUUUCUAAUAUUUCAUGUCGUUUAAUUGUUGCUCAAAUGAGUAAAACUCGUUGUGAUGGACAUAAUAUUUUGUUGACGUUUUUGGGUUUUGCUGUAGUUCUAAGCAUAUAUCUACCUUCCAUUGAACUAUUGGUUAUGUAUCUCAUGACAUUGUUAAGCAUAUUGGCUCAUAUUCAUUAUGGAACAUGUGUAGUUAAACAAAUGGCUGAUCAUUUCAACAUACAAUGCUUCAAAAUUCCAUGUAAUAAAAAAUAAUUAUUAUGUUUGUGUGUUUUAUUGAUCUACUUAAAUAGAUGAGUUUUACCAAACAACAUUAAAUUGAAACUUUACCAAACUUUAUUUUUAAUGUAAUACUUACAAAGUUAAAAUGUAACCUUUUAGAUCAAUUGAUUGUUGUUUUUAGGUUUUAUUAUUAAAUACUUACAAUACUUUAUACAAUUAUGGGCCUUGUUUAUUAAAUAUUUUAAUGUAUUAAAAACAUAUUGCUAAUUAACUAACAUAAUUAAAAUUUAACCAACUUCCGGAUAAUGACUACAGAAGGCAAGGCUUAGUUUAUAUAUAUAUAUAAAAAAAAAUUAGAAAUUUAUCUGUUUUUUACCAAACAAAUUUUGCACAUGAAUUAUUGUACAAAUGUUUUAUUUCCUUAAAUAAAUUUUAUUGCUUAGGUUAUUUAUUUGCAAAUUGUACAUCCUAACAGUUUUAUUUAUAUUUAUUGUUUGAGUAAGAAUUUAAUUUUACUUAAGUGUAUAUUGUUAACAUUUAGAUGGAUAAUGAUUAUGUACUUACAAUCAAAGCUAGAAAAUAAUUCAAUCUUUUAGUUUCAUCAAUUUAUGUAUUAUAAUUUACUUUUAUGAACAUUACUUUUAUAAAAUUAAUAGUUUUUCAAAUUAAAAAAAAUUAUAUAUUUCAGUUACAUUUUUGUAAUAUAUAAAUAAAAAUGA